AAGUGACGAUCAGGACGUUAGCGUGGAUGUAAACAGAAGUUUUGAAGCCGAUAAAGUUUGAUUUAUUUUCACUUUAAUGAGGUUUUAAACUCGAGUUUUAGGGCCGAUGGAGUCUUCACUUUAACAAACUUUUCAUAAACUGAAGUUUAUUUUGAAAAAAUUGAGAAAAAUGUUCAAAUUUACGAAGUUUAAUGAGUCAUAGUGGAGUUAGCACAGCGGGGCUAACAGGCUAACAGACAAAAACAAACUUUUAAAGAUAAAAAUGAAGAGAAAAGAAACAAAAUUCAGACUGAGUCCAAAUGAAGAGGCUCAAAUAAUCCGAGAGGAGAAAGACAAGAGAAGAAAACUGAGAAUACAGCAGGUAACAACAUUUAAAAACACUCCGAGACACGGGGUAUUUCAGUUUAUACUACUACUAAUCAUCAAUAUUUUUAUAAUUAUAAUUGUCAUUACUGUUGAUAUGUUUUAUUUUAUUUAUUCUUGUUUUUUUAAGGCUCUUUUACAAACUCAGAGGGCAGUUUUCUCACGUCACGAGGAUCUUUUUGAGUUUUUUUAAUCGUUUUUUUCCACGACAAACAAAAGUUAAUGACCUUUUUCACCUGUACCAUCAGAUCCUUCCAGACUGGAGCGUAUUAAUGAAUGAAUGAAUGAAUGAAUGAAUCCACCUUCACCCUCAGGUGCGGGAGCAGCAGCGGUACAUCGCGCUUCAUAUCCGUCAGGAGGUGGAGCAGAGGAGGCGGAGGGAGCUGGAGAAACUGGGAGAGGAGCUGAGAGUCGAAUGGGAGAAACAACAGAGAGAGAAAGUCGACACUCUGCAGAGACUUUACCAAGAAAGUCUCCAACUUCUGGGCCAAGGACACAGGAGUGCCAAAGAAAACGUGAGGAAACACAUUUAUGAUGAUUUUAUGAUCAUGUUCACAAUCGUUCCAGCGUUUCAUGAAUGAGACCCUCAAAGACCCUUUCACUGAAACUGAUCAAAGACAAACGUCUGAAAUAAUCCGAUCAAACUCCAGAAUAUGAAAAUACGAUGUUUGAAAUCAUAAUCAGUCUUUUUGAUAAAUUAAAGGAACAGGAUUCAGCAGCCAGAACUCGAAGGGCGGAGGAAAAUCUCGCCAAAGCCGAGGAGCGUCACCGAGACGCCCUGAAGGAGCUGAAAUCACAGAAACUGAAAGAGCGAGAGAGUCAGAACAGGUCAGCGCAGUCACCAACCUCCAACAAGUUUACGUGUUUGAAUAUUAGAUAUAAUAACCACCAAUGUUUCAUUUCUAACCGCUCUUCUUCAGGUCAAUCAACGCCAGAAAAAAGGCGCUCCAGGCAGAAAAAGAAAGAUCAGCAAAAGUGGCGAGCCUCCCACCGCCACCCCCAAACCCUUUUCAGGUGAAAUCCUCAUGAAGUGUAUAAAUAAAUAAAGUGAUUGAUUGAUUGAAGUGAUAUUUUCUAUAGUUUUUAACAGGUUUGAGGCUCUAAAGGUUCGCGGUGUUUGUAGAAAAUCAAUCAGUCUAUAUUUUUAUAAGUAAAACGAAGAAGAAGAAGAAGAAGAAGAAGAAGAAGAAGAAGAAGAAAGCUGCUCCAGACUCUGUUUACAAAGAGCCAAAGUCAAGAUGGAUCAGACUGAGCUCCAACCAGAGCAGAAACUCUUUAGAGCAGGAGGAGAGGAAGAACUUUAACAGGCAGAAACCUGAAGGAGGACCAGACUGAUGUUGGACCGUCACCUGCUGAGACUGAGUCGGGUUUAGAGGGGGGGGGGAUGAUCUGAGUUUGAUUUAUGGAAAAUUAAAGUCAGCAGGUCUAACGUGGAAACGCAGCAGUGAGAUCGUUCAUAAAAAUAAAGAAUAAAAACAGUUCAAUCAUGAACUUUAUAACAAAAAUACAGAGACUGAGGUCGAAGGUCGAAGCCGCUGAAAGCAGACGGACUGAAAAUUCCUGUUUUUGUUCUGAGGACAGACGUUAGUGGGACAGAAGUGUUGAGAUGAAGAGGAGGAGCUUCAGUCAUCUCGGUCAUUUUAGACUCAGCAGAACAUCAGGAGCUCCGGGUGUCACUAAACUAAGUCUGUCUUUUCCUUUUCACUCAGAAUAUUGACUCCAAAACGUCUCAUGUCGUGACGAAAUCUGAUGUGAGUGUCUUCGCCGGGACAUAUUAUCACAUGGCUGAGAGCGCCGUCCAUCGAGAGGAAGAGACGCUGCAGGUAAGGACACUGAUAUAACCCUGAAUUUGGUCACCCCACAGCUUUCAGUUCUAAUGUGUACGAUUCUGCAGCGUGAUGCUCACGAGGAGGCUGAACUGGAGGUGAGGAGACUGCAGGAGCUUCAGAGGGAGGAGCAGAGGAGAAGAGAGGAGCAGCUGAAGAAGGCUCGUCUCAGAGGGAGGCAGGCUUUAAGGAGGGAACAUCAAGUUCAGGUGAGUCUCACUUCUUUACAGAUCAUGCUCCUCCUGUCGUAAUGUAAAUACAGGAGCUCAGAGUCAGGGUUCAAGAACAGUUAGGAGUGAAGACAUUCAUGCUGCCUCUCCUCCUUCAGGAUCGGGAGCGUUUGCUCGUAGAGCUAGAACACAUGCAGCAGACAGACCUGCUGAGGAGGAGACAGCAGACAGUCCACAUGCCUGCUCAGAUCUUCCAGCCUCUUUAUAAAAGGCAGGAGACGAGGGAGGACUUCCAGAGGGAGAUGGAGUUCGCCUUUGAAGACAUGUACACCGGAGAGAGGAGUAAGAAGAACUUCUGAGGGGGAAUCAAAAGAGUUUCUCUAAUUCUUCAAACUUUAACCUUGACUGUGUCUAAUACUAGGAAUGAAAGGUGACCUGGUGGUCCAGCUGGUACCAGAACCUCUGCCAGCUCUGUCCACGGAUGGCCAAGACCAAGACCUGGACAUCACACAGGAUGAAAUCAGCUCAGCAGGAAACGAGAACACGCAGCAGGAAGCUGAGAAAACGGGGCGAAGAACAUCUGCUCACGGUAAGGACCUGCAAAAAAAACGCUAAAAAUGUUUAAAGACGUUUUUUUCCCUGAACCCUUCGCUGUAUUUAGGAAUGGAUCCACCCUCAGAGGUUCCCUCCAAACCUGCUCCAAGAGGGGCUCUGAAGAAACUCCUGGACCGAAUCAGGAGCCAGAGGAACCAGUGGACCGAGCAGAACAGCUGUGUCUCUGCAGAAAAUCCCCCUCCUCUCAUCUCUGACCAGGUCUUAGAGCGAGACACAACCAUCGACACGGGAUCUCUGAGCAGUGAGGAGAAGAUCAACCUGCCCCCCACCGUCAGCCCACCUUCAGGUCUGUUAUUUACUGUCUUUGGAGUCUCGAUUUAUCUGAAAAUACAAACAGUAUCACUGAAAAUAUAACCUAAAAUAUAAAAAAUAAAAUCCUUCAUUUCAAACAAACAGGAAAAACAAACAAAUUGUUCUUUUGCAGUGAGAUUAGUAACAAUAAUCCCAACCUUUCUCACUGCAGCAACGAUUUCAGAUGUUUGAAUCUGUAUUUUUACAAACAUCCAGAGGUUCUGUAAAAUAAAGGAGAAGAUCAUAGUCAUCAUGUCCAAAAUACACAUUUAUAGACACAAACUCCAGUCAGAGGCAGGAUGACGGGAGGAACUUCGAUCACUAAGACACAAUUAUAAUUUAUUUACACAAAUAAUUAAUAAAAAUAAUUGAGCAGAUAAAAAUAACACAAUUUAAAUGUUUGAAGAAUACGACCGUUUUCAGUCGAACUUGUCGAACUUGGACAGCAUUUUAUCCAGGUUUGUAGUUUUCUACUGAUCAAAUUUAGAAUAAAUCGAGAAGUCGGUCAGAACAGAUGCUCAACACACCGAAGUAAAGAGAGCGGGAGAGCAGACCAACGAUCCAAGUCCCUUUUGAACGAUUGGGAUGAAGUUCGUAUCAAACAGGUUCUGUAGGAAUUCAUGACCGAGAUAAUAAAGACUUUAUAUUUAAAACUGUAUAUUAAACACUUUAUAUUAAAAACUUUAUAUUUAAAACUGAAUAUUUAAAAACUUUAGAUUUAAUACUUUAUAUUUAAAACUUUAUAUUUUUCUUUAACUCAGUCUGAAGUUUUGGACUUUGGGGUGUUUUGCUGUUAAUAUCCAAAAUCUUUAUUUAUUGAUUUUAAUAAUAAAAAAACUUUUGAACUUGAAAACAUCGAGACUAAAGUGUUUGAACUUCUUCUCUCUUUCUUUUUAAAUCUGUUCCAGUUUUCUUGAUUUUGUGUUUUCUUGUUUUUAAUUCACCAGGAUUGACGAGAGCAGAGUCCGCUGAUGGACUUGAUGACCGAAUCCAAGAGUUUGAAGAGGAACGGAAGAAAAGGGUGAGUCUGAGAUGUUAUUAGACCUCAUUGAAGGACUGGAUUUGAACCCUAGAAGAACCGGGUUUGAUGUUGUCCAGACCACAGGAGUUUAUCGACUUCACUUUUAAAGUUAAAGGCGUUCCAGUUGAUGAACCUGUUUCCCUUUUUCAUUUUAUUACAUUAAAAGAAAAAAUCGAACCUCCUGCUCCAAAUUAGAAGAAGAAGCUCAAAAUGAUUCUCGUCUUUUCUUUAAAGAUUUAGAAAUCUCUUUUUUAUGGGUUCAGUUCGGAGUUCAAAAGUCUGCUCUGACUUUGCGUUCAUGAGCCGCCGUAAAUAUUUGAGUUUCUGAGAAAAACUCAGAUCGUCAGGAGGAGUUCAGGGUCUGAUUCUCCACGGUGGACAAACUCCAAACGACCUUUUCAUGAAUGUUAUUGUUCAGAGAUAACGUGAGCUAAAGUUAUUGAUUACUCUCAGUUAUUCAGCCUUGAUUAAAAAGUCAGCUGACGUGGACCGUCCAACAGCAGCAACAGUGUCCUGAGAGCUUGAAGCUGAUUGGUUGGUCAGAGUUUAUGGAUCCAGGUCCUUCUCAUUAAUUCUAUAGUCCAGAUUCUGGACCGAGGUGGAUCUGAACGUCUCUGCAUUUACACGUUUAGACGUCUUUAAAAAAAAUCAAAGUGUUCUCGUCUGCUGGAGCCGAGACUUUCUUUAGUUUAGGAACCAAAACAGGAAACCCUCUGGAGGAUCUAGUCCACAGAACUGCUGGUUCUGACCCAAGAACUAGACCCAUUUUAUCUGGUUUUCAACAAAGACAUCAUCGUCUGUUGUCAUCCCAACAGCCUGAGCUCCAAAGGUUUAUUUCACAGACAGGUGAUCUGUCCGGAUUUAUGGUCCAUCCUGUUUUGUAGGAAGAAGAGUUGGAGAUGCAGAAGAAGCAGCAGGAGGUUCUACUCCAGGAGCUGGAGGAGCAGAAAGACAAACUGGAGAAGAUGCUGCUUGAGGCCCAACAGGAACGAGAACAUCUGAACGCUGUUGUGGUCCAAGAAGAAGCUGCUAAACCCUCAGGGUUUCAGAAGUCUCCAAAGGUACGAGUGCAGGACCAGAAGCUUCCUUCUAAAGUGACCUAUCAAAUGUGUGCUGAAGAUGAUUCCUGAUGACCUGUGUCGUUCCUCUCAGCUGGUUCCUCCUCUAGACCAGGACGGACACACCAGCAGGAUAAGAGAGUACCAGCAGCGUUUGCUGGAGCAGAACAGGUUUGUUCAAGUCUGAACUCAGACGUCUUCUCCACCUGAGUGAUGGUGUUGGUCCAGUCUGCAGAACUGAAGAGUUUAAAACGACUGAAAUCACUAAUGACGUUUCUUUGAUUCAGGAUCCAUCAGAGGUCGGUCCAAGUGGCUCGCCAGCGCCUGGAGGAAUACCAGCGAGCGCUACGGAUUCGUCACAACAUGGCCGCUACUCCCAUGUUUUUAUCUCUGCCACCUGCGACUCUCCUCCAACCGCCAACAGCUCCUGGAGUUUCUCCAAAGAUCCACGUUCAACCACAAACCUCUGCAGAGGUUCCCGUCACAGAGUCAGGGACGCCAUCUUCCCCUGCCCAUCCUACCGCCAGGUUCCUGUCAGAUGAAGAAGAAUCAACUCACCAGAGACGAGACGUCCUCAAACAGCUGACUGACAAGAUGGAGAUGGAGAGACGAACGAAAGAUCUCAGAGAGAGAGACGGACCCCCCUCAGUCACCUCAGAGACCCUCAAACCACCACAUGGUCCACCUCCCCACCUUUCAGGAGAAGAUCACCAGGUCUGCUCUCCUCAGAUGGAGGUCCUCCGCUCCAGAGACGACGAGGAGCAGAGAGAGGAGGAAGAGGAGGAGAGGAGAUGCAGGCGAAGAGAGGAGGAGGAGGAGAGGAGACGCAGAGAGGAGGAGGAGGAGAGGAGACGCAGAGAGGAGGAGGAGGAGAGGAGACGCAGAGAGGAGGAGGAGGAAGAGGAGAGGAGACGCAGAGAGGAGGAGGAGGAGGAGGAGAGGAGACGCAGAGAGGAGGAGGAGGAAGAGGAGAGGAGACGCAGAGAGGAGGAGAGGGAACCAAGGAGGAGGAGAAAAAAGGAGGAGCUGCAGGUGUGUGUGUGUUUGUGUGUGUGUGUGUGCGUGUGUGUGUGUUUGUGUGUGUGUGUGUGUGUGUGUGUGUGGUCUAACCCCCCUCACAUGUUCUCCUACUCGCCCACAGCCGGUCUCAGACUCCCCUGCUGAGGUUCUGGUUCCGGCCCGCCUGGAUGUUCUCGUUUAUCUGCUGAGAACUUUAGAGGAGAACAACGGAGGAACUCUGUCACACCUCCAACAUCCUGAGGAGGAAGAUGAUGAUGAAGACUCUGAAACAGGUGAGUCCCAGUUCUGAUGGAAUGAAAAUCAUUUCUCCCUCUGAUCUUCUUCUCUGAUCUUCUUCUCUGAUCUUCUUCUCUGAUCUUCUCUGAUCUUCUCUGAUCUUCUUCUCUGAUCUCCUCUGAUCUUCUUCUUCAAUCUUCUCUGAUCUUCUCUGAUCUUCUCUGAUCUUCUUUGAUCUUCUUCUCUGAUCUCCUCUGAUCUUCUUCUCUGAUCUUCUCUGAUCUUCUCUGAUCUUCUCCUCUGAUCUUCUUCUCUGAUCUCCUCUGAUCUUCUUUGAUCUUCUUUGAUCUUCUCUGAUCUUCUUCUCUGAUCUUCUCUGAUCUUCUCUGAUCUUCUCUGAUCUUCUUUGAUCUUCUUCUCUGAUCUCCUCUGAUCUUCUCUGAUUUCUUCCCGGUCCAGACCAAGGUCAUGUCCUCCUCAAAGUGAAGUCCUGUUAGAGGGUCGAACCCGAACACUCAGAUUUGGGUCUUUCUCGGUUGUUUGUCUGUUUAUCGGUACAGAACUCGUCUCUCCUGCUGGACCUCCUCUGGGGUCAGCCCCCCCUCACAUGGUUCUCCCUCCUCCUCCUCCUCGAGCAGCGAAGCCUCCGGUGACCCGGGUCUGGCCGGGUGUGGUUCUGAUGAUGAGUGAUCAGCAUGAGCUCAGCGCCAUCCAGGAGGUGGACACGCCAGUCAACAUGAGCCUGGUCACAGGUCAGUCUGGUCCUCAAAGUCUGAUCAGUAGAACCAUGAAGACCUGAAGAAGAAGAUCAGACCGUCACUGUCUUUGGUUUUUAGGUCCAGAGGAGAAAGACCCUGAAGACCAUGAAGGUCUGCAGGAGACACCAUGGUCCAAACUCAGUCUGCAGGCACCUUCUCCGUCCAGUAGAGGGCAGCAGACCGCUGAAGGACCAUCUCAGGCAGACUCCAAGAAAUCUGGUCAUGUGACCUGGAGACCGAGUCAGCUGACAGAGACGUCAUCUGAAUCCUCAGGUAAGAGCAGGUCGACGGACCGGACUCAUCAGAACCGAGAUCUGUCCAAGUCCAUCUGACGCUCGAUCAGAUUCAAGAACGACGAAUCCUGAUGAAGGUGAUAAAAAAACUAAAAGAAAAUAUCGACUUUUUAUCGACUUUUUAUCGACUUUUUAUCGACUUUUUAUCGACUUUUUAUCGACGUCUGAAUGAUUCCAAAAUUAAAGGUCUAAAAAACUGUGGAAAGAUUUUCUGUAUCGAAUUAAUAAAAACAUAAACGCUCUCGUGUCUGGCAUAAAUAUAGGAAUUAAAAUUGUUAUAGUAAAAUAUUUUUUACUAUAAUUAAUAUUUUUUAAUAUAAUUACUAUAAUUAACUUUUAUAGGAAGGAACAGGCUGAGAAAUCGUCCAGCAGCCGUUGAACCCGGAGCUUCUGUUCCAGACGUGAAUCGAGUCAAAAGUUCGUGUUUGUUAAUAAACUUCGAUCUUUUCUAGAUUCAGUUCUCAGGAGGAUUUCAGGACCGUCUUCAGACUCUGGGAGAGGAGAGGACUUCUCUGGUCCUGCAGUCUGGACCUGCAGAUCUCCUGCUGAGGUAAACGGGCCGGGUGAAGAUGUGCAGAACUUGGUCAGAACUUUUCUGUCCCUCAGAGCGGAGAGAGACGAUUUUUUAAAUAUUUAAAGAAUUACUAAUGACACUUACAGCCACGUUAAAAACUCGUGAUUCUCUCUGAGGUUCGAGUUUCGGGUCAGUGAUCGAAAAAAACUGAACCUGGAUCAGUGUGUGUGUGUGUGUGUGUGUGUGUGUGUUCUUAAUGGUGGGUGUUUAUUUGGAUAUUUGUCAGUCUUCACUCAGGUCCUCUGAUCUGGACUGCAUCUCCUCCACCACCAUCUCCACCGGCAGCUACAUCACCACCGAUCCGGACCAGAACUUAAACCCAGGUGAGCGGUCCACAGCGGUCCGAUAAUUCUGUUCGACCGGAACCGACGACUGUUGUCUCCGUUUGUCGUUCACCUCGCCGUUUGUCCGUUUGUCCGUUUGUCGUUUACCUCUCUGUUCGUCCGUUUGUCCGUUUGUCUUUCUGUCCGUCUGUCUGUUCGUCCGUUGGUCUGUCUUUCUUUUCGCUCAGUCUUUCUCUCUUUUCUCGCUCAGAUAAAUCUCCGUCACUGAAGGACUUUGCAGAAAAAGGACUUGAACCGGGUUCGCUCGUCGCCUCUCCUCCAUCAGACCUUCUCGACCACGAUGAGGGGAGCCUUCCUAUUGGACGAGCUAACCCUGCCAUAGACUCUCUGUUUAAUGACAGCAGCAUCCAGCGAAUCAUCGACCGAUACAGCCGAGAACUCGACAUCUCACUCAACGCCAGAGAGAAAACCACAGGUAAGGAUCAACACCUGAGUCUGUAGAGAUCCACGGAGCUCAGUGACCAUAUGAGGAGAAAUACGACCAUAAACACGACCUCAGGAACCGACCGUGUCUCGUUCUCGUGUUUCCAGCCUGAACGGACAGACGGACGGACGGACAGCUGAUCGUAAUCAGAGAAAUGAAACUGAAGUCUUUGAGUUCCUGAAGCUCCAGUCUUCAGUCUUCAGUCUUCAGUCUGCAGGUCCACAAACGUUCAGUAGAAACCUGAAGAGUCCACGUCAGAGAGGACUCAGAAUCUGAGCCGAUCCCGAUUCUUCGUCUUCGUGGUUUUUGUCUUUUUCUCUUUAUGAAGAAAUCUGUUUUUUUCUUUUUCACUUUUUCACUUUCCCUCUUUCUCUCCGUCUUUCACCUUCAGGAACUUUACGCUGAAAAUAUGAGUCUCCUUCUUUUUUUCACUCGUUCUUUUCUUCACUCGUUCUUUUCUUCCUUCGUUCUUUUCUUCAUUCGUUCUUUUCUUUAUUCGUUCUUUUCUUCCUUCGUUCUUUUCUUCACUCGUUCUUUUCUUCAUUCGUUCUUUUCUUCCCUCCUUCUUUUCUUUAUUCGUUCUUUUCUUCACUCGUUCUUUUCUUCCCUCGUUCUUUUCUUCACUCGUUCUUUUCUUCACUCGUUCUUUUCUUCAUUCGUUCUUUUCUUCCCUCGUUCUUUUCUUUAUUCGUUCUUUUCUUCAUUCGUUCUUUUCUUCACUCGUUCUUUUCUUCACUCGUUCUUUUCUUCAUUCGUUCUUUUCUUCAUUCGUUCUUUUCUUUAUUCGUUCUUUUCUUCAUUCGUUCUUUUCUUCACUCGUUCUUUUCUUCACUUGUUCUUUUCUUCAUUCGUUCUUUUCUUCCCUCCUUCUUUUCUUUAUUCGUUCUUUUCUUUAUUCGUUCUUUUCUUUAUUCGUUCUUUUCUUCACUCGUUCUUUUCUUCAUUCGUUCUUUUCUUCACUCGUUCUUUUCUUCAUUCAUUCUUUUCUUCCCUCGUUCUUUCGAUGUUUUCAGACUGAAAAACGGACGGGUCGGUUCGUGGUCGUUCUCUUUGCGUCUCCAUGGCGUCUAAACCGUCUUCUCGGUCUUCGGUCUUAUUUGUGUUUUUUCUCGGCGCCUCGGGGAUCUGGAUCGGUGUUUUCUGUAGAGGUCUCAGUGAUCCACAGGAGACCGGGUCAUGACCCCUCAGCUGGUCUACAGAGACUCUCAGAGACCGUCAGUGAAUCCGGAUUAACGUUAAGGACUCAGAUCAGAUUUCUGCUGUUGGUGACUUCAUAAAUUUACCGACAUUUGAAGAAACGAGAACGCCGAUCUUUUUUCAUCGUGGUCGAAUUUAAGGCCAAAAACGGAGACCCGCGUAGAGUCUUGGUAAAGGGGACUCAGAUGUUGGACUCAGAUGUUGGACUCAGAUGUUGGACUCAGUAAACAUGGAUUCCUCACAGUUUUGGAUAAAUCUAUAUUUUAUUAUAUUUAUGGAUUUUAAUAAACUCAUCUUUUAAUGUUUUAUCGUGUCCGUUGAUCCGCAGACGGACCCGGCUCCGGUUUGGAGGAUCCUGGCCCUUCAGUUUCUCAGCGGUCUUUGGUUUGUGUCUCUGAUAUGAGCAGCGAGACCUGCAGACCCGGUUCUUCAGCUCAUCAGAGUCCUCUAUCAGACCCAGCAGCAGACCGCAGAACCGACCGGGUCAGUCUGAAGUUUGUCUUGGUGUUUCUUUGGACAGCUGACGUUUGUUCUGAUGUUUGUAAAAACGCGCUGAAGAUGGCGUUCAGUUUCUCUGUGAUGAUUUUCUAACAGGAAAGGAUCGGGGCGGAGAAUCCGGUCCAACAGGACUCAUCACCUGCUCAGGACCAGGACCAGGACUCUUUCAGACCUCUGAUUGGUCAGCUGGCAGACCAGUCGUCGUGUCUCACUGCGGAUCACAGAGACUCGACCAUGGAGCAGCUGGUCGGUCAGCCGUCAGCUCACUCCUCCAUGAUCGAUCAGCGGCUGAGUUUCGAUCAGAGCAGAUGGGAUUCGACUCUGACGCGGCUGAUGGGUCGGUUCUCCCAUCAGUCCGGCUCUCAUUGGCUGAGCGGAGGACAGGACUUUUACGCGGGGCAGCUGAUUGGUGAGAUGUCAUCGACCACAUGGCUGGAUGGAGGUUUGGUAGAGACCCAGAUGAGACCGCUUGUUGGAGAGCUGGAUGAGUCAUCGGGUCAGAACCGUGAAAGUUCAGGUAAACGAACUCGUCUUCUCUCAGUGUCUCUUUUUGAAAUGUUUGAGGAUGAAAAACUAAAACCAGAAGAGCUUCAAGUUCGAGUCGUUAGACGUGAAAAAAGAGAAGAAAUAUCAGCAGACGGUGAAGAAGAGCCGACGUGAACUUCAUCUACCGAGUUCUUUCUGCUCUUCAUGAGUCGAGAUGAAAACGAGUUUCUGCUUCUUUCUGUAAAACUCCGAUAACUUAAACUGUCCGUGAGAAUAAGUCUGAAAAUAAUCUCUGAACUUGAAUUUAAUAAAUGAAAUGUUGUAUUUUUGUAAGAACAAAAGUCGGAGCUCAAAGCCGCUCUGGGUCCAAACAAAGGCAUGAUGGGAGGAGGGGCUUCAUGUGAAAACGUCACAGUUUUACUCUGAAUGACAGAGUUUCAGAACUUCAGCGUUUAGGAGGAAACCAGAAUAGAUGUGAAAGUGAAGCAGUCUGUAGUUCGGACCCUCGGACCCUCCGACCCUCCGACCCUCCGACCCUCCGACCCUCCGACCCUCAGACCCUCGGACCCUUGGACCCUCAGACCCUUGGACCCUCAGACCCUUGGACCCUCGGACCCUCAGACCCUCGGACCCUCAGACCCUCCGACCCUCAGACCCUUGGACCCUCAGACCCUCAGACCCUCAGACCCUCGGACCCUCGGACCCUCGGACCCUCGGACCCUCAGACCCUCGGACCCUCGGACCCUCAGACCCUCAGACCCUCAGACCCUCAGACCCUCGGACCCUCAGACCCUCAGACCCUCGGACCCUCAGACCCUCGGACCCUCGGACCCUCGGACCCUCAGACCCUCGGACCCUCGAUGAAACGACUUCCUCUCUGCAGAAACAUCGUCGUCAGGAAGUUUGACUCGGUCCUCUAAAUCGGGACACGCUGACCGUUUCCUUUAAUUCCAGGUGAAAAAACUCGGGUGGACCUCGAUGAUCCAGCUGAGACCAGGACGCCGUCGUACCCACUGAUGCCUCCUGAGAGUUCUGGGCCACAUUCACUGGAGCAGACCCUCCAGAGUCCAACAGACCUGGUCCUGGAGCAGACUGAGGGUGAGAAGGAAGAGAACUUCAAAAUAAAAUAAACCUUUAAAUGUUUUUUAAUUUCAUGAUCUCGGCGUUUAUUUCAGACUCGGACUCUUUUCACCUUUUACCCGCUGAGGUCACUCACAACCAAACAGCUGACCCCUCCAUGACCUCUCACCAUCCGGGACAAGCUGCGAUGAACGAAGACGGCGGCGUUCCCGCUCCUCCUGACGACCCUUCUGUACCGUCACCGGAGCGUCUCCGACCGGAGGAACCGUCCAGCUGGACCCGCCCCCAGCUCGCGCUCUCUGCUCUGACAGAUCUGGAGUUCGCCGCUCUGAAUCUGUCGUCCGUAAAUGUGAGUGACAGCUCAGCCGGCGUGGACGGGACACGAACGGAGAACACAGUCUGCGUUUCUGAAAAUGACAAAGACGGAGAACCGGGUCCUGAUCAGGGUUCAAACCCGGGGAAGGAUUCUCCUGUCGCACACGUGGAAACGGUAUUUGUUUUUUAUCAGGAUUUCCUGAGCGUCAGAUUUGAUUGACGUUGUUUUUAAAACCUCGUCUAAAGUUGUUUUCAUCGUUUCUUGUUGAUCAGGACGCUCUCAGUGAAAAGGGAAUCCUGGAACAGUCGGAGAUCACUCUGGUGAGUCUGACGGACACCACGCUGCAGGACCAGGAGACCUUCUUCACUGAUGAAGAGGAGCAGAGUCCAGCUGCAGUGAAGGAGGGAGGAGGAGGAGGAGCAGGAGGAGGAGUCCAGGUGGAGGAGCAGAACCAAAACCACUCAGGUAAAAUCUCAGCAGUUAGACUUUUAAAAGGGUUUAGGAUGAACUCUGACUGUGUCACAUGAGAAGAGGAGCGCUAUGAUGAAGAGCAGGUGAGCUCAGCGCGGUCGAACAGAGACCGUUUGACGUGACACUGAGUCCAGUUACAAAUGCAGCUGAGACAGGAAGUCCAAAUAUACAAGGGCUGUCAUGGGUAACGCCUAACAGCCUGUAACGGCGUGCAGACUGCUCGUGUUCCUGUUAGAUCAAAAGUUUGUCUGAGAGUCACCCUGUCAUCCAUCAAACGACCAGCAGGGUCAGUGAAGGUCAGUGAAGGUCAGUGAAGGUCAGUGAAGGUCAGUGAAGGUCAGUGAAGGUUAGUGAAGGUCAGUGAAGGUCAGUGAAGGUCAGUGAAGGUCAGUGAAGGUCAGUUAAAGUUUAAUGAACCAAAUAAACUUUGAUUUUCUGAUUCUUACUUCGCUCCAUCAUGAGUUCGUUCUUUCGUUCUUUCAACAGUUCAUGAAAAAUAAGAUUUGUUCUUCCUGAAAUCUGACUAUCAGGUUGUUAACGGAGGAAAGGUUCUGGUUCUGGUUUGAACAUAGACUGGAUCAGAAGAUCCUGGAGUGGUACCUUACAAACUUACAAAAACAGAUGAUCGGGUCAGAACUUGAAUCUCUUCUUUCAUUUUCUCAGCGAUGGUCCUGGAGGUUCAGUGGGGUCCUGGUGAAAACCUGCAGGAGGUUUGUCAGCAGAAGUGCCGAGCUCUGCUCCAGAGAUCCUCCUCCAGAGUUGAGAAAAUAAAAGCCAAGAAACGAACCAAGACCCAUGAUCCAGCUCAACCAGGAGAACAAUCUGCAGCUCAGCAGGUCAACAGAAAGAAAACUGAACCAGAAGAUCUCCAGAAGAUCCGAAAGGGAGGAUCAACAGAGCAGCACAGACCUGCAGGGACGUCCAGGUCCAGUCAGAGAAGGUCUCAGCCUCCUCCUGCAGGUUCGUUCACUUCACAUCCAAGACUCUUUAAACUUCAGGAGACCAGGAACGAUGACACACACACACACACACACACACACACACACACUCACACACACACACACACACACACACACACGUGUCAUUAGAAUGAAACAAACAAACUUUACAAACAGAUGAGAACAUCCUACAAAUGUUCAUUUAUACAUACAUAUAUACAGUAUAUAUAUAUAUUUAUAUGUAUAAAAAAUCCAUUCUUCACACAGUGUAAAAUAUUUCAUUCUUUGACUGUUCAGUAAAAUCUAAAGUCCAGAUCCUGAAGAAGGUUAAUCUGAAGACUGUGAGAUGAAACUGUUUAAACAUUCAGGUUUUUCUUCUCUUUCUUCGUAUCGUAGUUUGGAGAAUUGUCCGCGUACCUUUUGCUCCUCACUAUCUUGACCAUUUCCUGUCAAAUAACAAAGCUUGAUAUGAUUCUUACAAAGAACAACUGUUUCUACAUUUUCAGCUCCUUCAGUGAGUCUGAAAAUAUUGGAGGAGAAGUUCUGCACUCCAGAGCAGAGACGUCGAGACGCUACUGAGAUGCACCAAAGAACCCAACGGUACGACCCGCUUUGUAAGCUUUCGGUAUCAGCUUCUAACCUGGUGAUUUUUCAUCGGCUCUUCGUACUUCUCAACAGCUCUGCAACAGAAAAACUUUUUUUUUUUUCUUCGAAGGAGAAAUAAAAAAAAACAGAUUUAACAGAAGUGUGGCAGGAAAGAGUCUGUUGGUGUUUCUGGUGAAAAAGGCGUUUUUUCAAUAAUUCUCUCGUUAUCGUCUAAAAUCAGGUGGAACUUUUGCAUUAUAUUUAAAAACUCAUCUUUUCGCCUCGGAUGGCAAAACGUUUAAAAAUCAUCGACAUUAAAAAAACAUCUGCUGCCUCAGAACUUCUCAGCAACAUCCCAGAGGCAGCGGCACAUGUUGGUCCGAUCAUUACUAAUAUCUCUGCUACACGACAAAAAAGAUCCAGGAUGUAGCCAGCCUCGAGGACGAACGUCGAACAAAAGCCUCAGUUGAGGACUAACUGACUUCACUGAGGUUGGCGAGAGAGUGGACUGGCUGUGAGGCGGAAAAAUGAAUAUAUAGAGAACCACACCAGACUCAAUAAUCUACUAUUUGUGUUCCAGACGGUAAAGAAAGUGGAGAUAUGACAGUGUUCGUUUUGGCAUCAGUCCACCAGAGACUGACCGAGCACACAGCGCCAUUUUACCACGGCCAAAUCCAGGCCAGUGGGGCUGGGUUAGGGUUCCUAAAUUAGUGUAAUUAUAACGAUGUUUUUAGUCCGACACGCCUCAGUGUUUGGAAUCAUAUCAGCUCCCCUUCCUGUGCUUCAUUUUGAUCCACCUAACCAUCCAAACACAAAAAGACUCUCAUGGUCAAACUGUCACGGCUGAUUGAUCCUUAUUGUUGUUGUUGUUCAGUCCAAAGUUCAGUAUCAAUAACCGAUCUUUAUUUAGUUAUUUGGAAGGUGUGGAUCGACAGAGACAACGACAUCAUGAACCCCAAACUCAAUUUUAAAGAUAUUUUCUAUGAAUCCAAAUGUUACAAAAGACGUUUGGGUUGAGCUUUCACUCCUGACGAUGAUAGAGAAGAUUCUCUUUAGCUGAAGGUCGUGAAGCAGACAAAAAUAAUAUGAGAGGGUUCUGAUGGAGUGUGAAGCUACAGAUUUGAGGUCUGAUGAACAAGUUAUUGGAAACUCCCAAACAAAGUGGAGAUGUGUGGAUGGAAGUUCACUGGUUCAUGUGCUCGCUGCUGCAUUGUUAAUGUCUUAAAGAGGAGUCAUCUGCUUUUCCUCCGUCCUUGACCACGUGGAUACAGACUGCUAUCAUGUCUGAAUAUCCAUGAUCAAAUACAAAAAGGCCAGUUUACAAAUUUGAUGGAUGUGCACUGUCUUUGAAGAUAUAAAACAGAAUAUUUCAAUGCGUUUUUUUUCUGUUCAAUUUUAUUUUGAAUAAGUUUUAUUUCUGUUGUUUCCUUAUUUUUAACAACUGUAUGUCAACCGCUCUUGGUUAGGGGUAGGAGUUUGUUCGGUUGUUAUUAAAGACAGUAUUAUGUGUAUCUUGUGAUAUGGUUGACGUCUUUAUUAAACAAUAAAACUGAAAAUCAUUAUUUUAAAAGCUGUGUCGGGCAGAAACCAAACCCUGUAUUUAUGGCAAAUCGUGUUUCUUCAGACUGUAUGAGCAGCUGGAGGAGGUGAAGCAACAGAAGGCGGUCAAGUGUCGACAGGAAGCUUCUGCCAAGAACAGACUGAAGGCCAAAGAGUUCCACAAGGUCCAACACUGAAGUAUCACUUUGAAAAUGUCUCUAUAAAAAUGUAGAACUUCUGUUUUAAUUCUGAACUUUUCCUUCUCUCUUUACAGAAAACCUUACAAAAACUUCGUGCCAGGAAUACUCAGCAGUGACCGACUUUGAACAUGUUCUUGUUCUACAUUAAUUUAUGUUUUAUUAAUAAAGUAUUUUAAGUUAUUUCAAAAAUA